CAGAGGAGGAGAAGAGAGGAAGAAGUUCUGCUGCAUAACUCAUCCUCUGCUGCAGCCCAGAAAACGGAAGGUGUGUGUGUGGAGGACUGAGCCGCCUGUUCUCCGUCUGUAAAGAUUCUCCUCCAUCCUCCUGCAUCAUGCUGCACCCAGGUGCCUUGUUCUCUUUGCUGUACAUGUGUGCGCUGUGCAAUGCUCAGUCAAACUCUGGCACACCUGUGAUCCAGCUCCGUCUCGUUGGAGAGAAGCGGAAACACUACGAGGGUAGGGUGGAGGUUUUCUACAAUGGAGAGUGGGGGACAGUGUGUGAUGACGACUUCUCCAUCUACACUGCCCACGUGGUGUGCAGAGAGCUUGGCUUCAUUAAUGCAGAGUCCUGGUCGCCCUCGGCCAAGUACGGAAGAGGAGAAGGCCGUAUCUGGCUCGACAACGUGCACUGCACUGGUGGAGAGAAGAGUCUGGCUCAGUGUGAGUCCAACGGCUUUGGAGUGUCUGACUGCAAACAUUCGGAGGAUGUCGGGGUGGUGUGCAACCAGAAGCGCAUUGCAGGCUUCAAGUUCAUCCGGAACCAGGCCCAUGGUGACGAGGGUUUGACGGUGCAGGUGGAGGAUGUGAGGAUCAGGGCCACGUAUUCUCACAGGAAGAAGAUUCCCAUCACCGAGGGCUUUUUGGAGGUGAAAGACGACGGCAAAUGGAGACAGAUCUGUGAUGAAGAGUGGACGGGGAUGAACAGCAGGGUCAUCUGUGGCAUGUAUGGCUUCCCAGGGGAGAAACGCUUCAACAACCGACCCUACAAAUUGCUGGCCAAGCGUCGUAAGAAGAACUACUGGGGUUUCUCUGUCAACUGUACAGGCAAUGAGGCCAACCUGUCUGACUGUAAACUGGGCAGGGAGAUCGAGGUCAAGGACAACAGCACCUGUGGACAGGGCAUGCCUGUCGUGAUCAGCUGUAUCCCGGGACGUGCCUUCGCUCCCAGCAUCAGCAUCGGCUUCAGCAAGGCCUACAGGGUGGAGCAACCCCUGGUGCGUCUAAGAGGCGGAGCCAUGAUAGGCGAGGGGCGAGUGGAGGUGUUGAAGAACGGCGAGUGGGGAACAGUGUGCGAUGACAACUGGAACAUUCGGGCUGCCACCGUGGUCUGUCGAGAGCUAGGAUUCGGUAGUGCCAAAGAGGCUCUGACUGGCGGCCGACUCGGACAAGGGAUCGGGCCAGUCCACAUGAAUGAGGUGGAGUGCUCUGGGUUUGAAAAGUCACUGACUGAGUGCCACUUCAACCGCGAGUCUGUGGGCUGCAGCCACGAGGAAGAUGCAGCUGUCAAGUGUAACGUUCCCGCCAUGGGAUUCAAUAACAGACUUCGGUUAAAUGGAGGCCGUAACCCCUAUGAGGGCCGUGUGGAGGUGCUGGCAGAGAAGAACGGCUCGCUGGUGUGGGGCACAGUGUGCAGUGACAGCUGGGGGACAAUGGAGGCCAUGGUGGUCUGCAGGCAGCUGGGCUUGGGCUUUGCCAGCCACGCUUUCCAGGAAACAUGGUACUGGCAAGGAGACUCCUCAGCUGACGCAGUGGUGAUGAGUGGAGUGAGAUGUUCAGGGACCGAGUUGACUCUGGACCAGUGUCUGCACCAUGGGAAACACGUCCACUGUCCCAAGGGUGGCGGACGCUUCGCUGCUGGGGUCUCGUGUACUCAGACGGCUCCGGACCUGGUUCUUAGUGCUCAGGUUGUAGAGCAGACCACAUACCUGGAGGACAGGCCCCUGUAUGCGCUGCAGUGUGCCCAGGAGGAGAACUGUCUUUCCACCAGCGCAGACAAAGCUGACUCCAACUCCUACCGCCGCCUUCUCCGCUUCUCCUCCCAGAUCCACAACAACGGCCUGUCAGACUUCAGGCCACGGGCUGCGCACCAUUCCUGGAUUUGGCAUGAAUGUCACAGGCAUUACCAUAGUAUGGAGGUUUUCACCCACUAUGACCUGCUGAGUCUGAAUGGCACUAAAGUGGCAGAGGGACACAAAGCCAGCUUCUGUCUGGAGGACACGCAUUGUGACGAAGGUAUCCAGAAAAGGUACGAAUGUGCAAACUUCGGAGCACAAGGAAUCACAGUUGGAUGCUGGGAUACCUACAGACAUGACAUCGACUGUCAGUGGGUUGACAUCACAGACGUGAAGCCCGGAGACUACAUCUUCCAGGUUGUGAUAAACCCCAACUAUGAGGUUGCAGAAUCCGAUUACAGUAACAACAUAAUGAAGUGCCGCUCUCGGUACGACGGACAAAGGAUAUGGAUGUACAACUGUCGUACAGGUGGCACACUGAGUUCAGAAACAGAAGAAACCUUCCCUGGACUGCUCACCAACCAGCUGUCGCACAGGUAGACCUGAAGUGGACAACGAGGACGGACAGACGGACGGACAUUAGGGAAGCAAAUAUGAAUAUUUGACAACCACUAGAGGGGGCUGUGCAGCUAUGCCUCCUUGCAGAAGUGCUGGAUUGAAGUUGAGCUCAGAGCUCAGCUGGUACAAAGGACAAUGAGUAAAGGG